AAUACAGCAGCAAACUCGCUGCGAAAUGAUGGCUGCUGUUGCUGUGCCUGGCUGACAGAAACAUCACCAUCACUGUGUUGUAGAACCAUCAGCAGCAGAACAACGACCAGCAGAGUGGCGAGGAGGCCAUGAUCGCAGUCGUCAGUUGUCGUGUUUCUUCGCGAGUUUGCCACACAGUAAACGAAAAGAAAAAUCGAAAAUUUGAAAGUUUGCAGUGCAGUUUCGGGGAAUUAUUUUUAGGUGGUCGAAAUCGAUAGAAUCCGGGACGUGAUUUUUAAUUUGUUGCUGGUGAAGAUAAUUGGGGAGUGGUGGAAUCGCAAAAGUGUUGAUUUUCCUUCUUUUCGGAAGGAACGGGCUCUGCCCAACCAAAAGCUUAAAAUUAGAUGAAAAGUUUUAAUUUUUUCUUCGAUGGUGUGGUGACAAUGAUUUAGCAGCUACCUUGAAUAGAUGUGUCGGAACAAUCUGGGAAGGUUUAAUAGCUGGCUGAUUGUUGUUUGAUUUCGAGUCGUGAUUUCCACACCCUCUUCUGAAUUGAGAUAGCAGAAAAAAAAUUGCUCCCCUGGAAAUGGGCCACCGAAAUGAAAGGAAAAAAAAUGAUGGUAUCAUAAUGGCGUUUUAAGUGAGCUCGAAUUGUCGAUAAAAAGAAAAAACGAAAAUUUUUCUAUAGGAUUCGCAUUUUAAUGCAAGCGGAGUGUUGUUAAUCUAACGGAACCUUCCCGUUCCGGGAGGGAAUAUAAGCUGUAUCGAAUUAUUGGCCCCCCUCUUUAAAUUAGGUGAAAAGUGAAUCCAUCUGUUAUUGUAGCGAUCGUUAGUCAUCGGUCGAUCGGGGUGAACCCCCCAUUGUAAAAUAAGUUUUAAUUUCCCCUGAAUAAAACACCAUCUGGAUCACCAAUCCUCCAAUGUGCAAGUGGCCUCCGGGACUCCGGAUCGGGAGCAGCAAAACUGGAACCGUCUGAUAUAGGAUUGUGGGAAAUGUCCUCCUCGUCCGGACACCACAAUUUGCCCCUAACAACGCUUCAGUCUGGGACGGUCAACAACAACAACCAGAGCGGGCCUUCCUCCUGUGUUUCCUCUAGCAACCAAAUCGCUCGUACCAUGUUAUCCGUCGUAAAUCUGGAUGCAGUGGCUAUGGCCAACGACCCCCUCCGGGAUCUGUUCGAAGCAUGCAAAACGGGCGACUUGGUCAAGGUGAAGAAACUGAUCACCAGCCAGACGGUGAAUGCCCGGGACACAGCUGGACGAAAAUCCACACCACUGCACUUUGCUGCCGGCUACGGUCGUCGAGAUGUAGUUGAGUUUCUGCUAACGAAUGGAGCGUCCAUCCAAGCCCGCGAUGACGGAGGACUUCAUCCGCUUCACAACGCUUGCUCCUUUGGCCACGCGGACGUUGUUCGUCUGCUGCUGGAGGCUGGAGCCAAUCCGAACACCAGAGACAACUGGAACUAUACUCCGCUGCACGAAGCCGCCUCCAAGGGGAAAGUUGACGUUUGCAUUGCCCUCCUCCAACAUGGUGCCGAUCCGAACAUUCGCAAUUCUGAGAACAAAAUACCGCUGGAUUUGGCUGAUCCAUGUACGAGACCAGUUCUAACGGGCGAAUACCGUAAGGAUGAACUCCUAGAAGCCGCACGAUCGGGAUCGGAAGAACGUCUCUUGGAACUGCUGACACCGCUGAAUGUCAACUGCCACGCAAGCGAUGGUCGAAAAUCUACUCCUCUGCAUCUUGCAGCUGGGUAUAACCGGAUUCGAGUCGUUCAAAUUCUCCUCCAACACGGUGCCGACGUCCACGCUAAGGACAAGGGCGGCCUGGUACCACUGCACAAUGCCUGUUCCUAUGGUCACUUCGAGGUGACCGAGCUUCUCAUCAAACACGGUGGCAAUGUCAAUGCCAACGAUCUCUGGGCCUUUACACCGCUGCACGAGGCUGCCUCCAAGAGUCGGGUCGAGGUGUGCAGCUUGCUGUUGGCCGAAGGAGCCGACCCGACGCUCCUAAACUGCCAUAACAAGUCGGCCAUCGAUUCGGCGCCAACGAGGGAGCUGCAGGAGAAGAUAACAUAUGAAUACAAAGGGCACUGUGUGCUGGAUGCCUGCCGGCAAGCUGACAUUCAACGACUGAAGAAAAAUCUUACAACCGAAACGAUCAACUUUGUCCAUCCGUAUAGUGGAGAUACGCCGCUGCACGCCGUCGCUCAAUCGGUUUACCCGAAGCGUAAGCAAGUCCUUGAACUGCUGAUCCGUAAGGGUGCACUGUUAAAUGAAAAAAAUAAAGACUUCCUCACGCCGCUGCACAUUUCUGCCGAUAACUCGCACUACGAGAUUAUGGAUGUCCUGUUGCGUCACGGGGCAAAGGUGGACGUGCUGGAUGGUCUCGGCCAGACGGCGCUCCAUCGGUGCUCUCGCGAAGACAAUAUUCAAGCUUGCCGGCUGUUGCUUUCGUAUAACAUUGAUAUCAGCAUAGUUUCGCUUCAAGGCUACACGGCUGCACAGCUGGCCACAGAAAAUGUACUUAAAAUUCUUCAGGAUCCUCCUUCCGACACCGUAGAUCUCGAGUGCCAACUGCUGGAGGCCGCGAAGGCCGGUGAUCUGGAUACGGUCCGUCGGAUCGUGCUGUCCAAUCCGAUAAUAGUAAAUUGUCGUGACUUGGAUGGGCGUCAUUCGACGCCGCUACAUUUUGCCGCCGGUUACAACCGUGUGCCGGUAGUAGAGUUCCUGCUAGAACAUGGCGCCGAAGUUCACGCUUCCGAUAAGGGUGGCCUGGUACCGUUGCACAACGCAUGUUCCUAUGGUCACUACGAGGUGACCGAGCUUUUGGUAAAACACGGUGCCAACGUUAACGUUGCGGAUCUGUGGAAGUUCACACCGCUCCACGAGGCGGCCGCCAAGGGAAAGUACGAAAUCGUCAAGCUAUUAAUAAAGCACGGAGCUGACGUUACCAAAAAGAACCGCGACGGCGCGACGCCUCUAGAUUUGGUCCGUGAAGGGGAUCAGGACGUGGCCGACUUACUUCGAGGAAAUGCCGCUCUUUUGGAUGCCGCCAAGAAGGGUAACCUGGCAAGGGUUCAACGACUGGUCAAUCCGGACAACAUAAACUGCCGGGACGCCCAGGGACGAAAUUCGACGCCACUACACCUCGCAGCUGGUUACAAUAAUUUGGAGGUAGCCGAGUAUUUACUUGAGCAUGGUGCAGAUGUAAACGCACAAGAUAAGGGAGGCCUGAUCCCUCUGCACAAUGCUUCGUCGUACGGCCAUUUGGACAUUGCAGCAUUGCUGAUAAAGCACAACACAGUUGUCAACGCAACGGAUAAGUGGGGUUACACACCGCUUCACGAAGCUGCUCAGAAAGGUCGCACCCAACUAUGCUCGCUACUGCUCGCUCACGGUGCCGAUCCGUUCAUGAAGAACCAGGAAGGCCAAACCAGUCUGGACCUCGCAACGGCCGACGAUGUUAAAUGUUUGCUUCAGGAUGCCAUGGUGGCAUCCCAGGCCACGGCCUCCGCCAACGGAGGAUCGUCGAUGGGCAACAGCUCCAUGAUGGCAACGAGCUGUUCGCCGACCACCGAAACGGUUACCCUGCCGACCGGUGCCUCCAUGACUUUAUCGGUUCCAGUUCCACAGCUACCAAUCCGAAGUUGUCUCAGUCCGGCGCAAGGGGCCGAGACGGGCGUCGAUGGGGUGACGAUAAUAGAUGAUGACAAAAUGCAGAACGUCGUUUCGAUUGAAUCGUCCGUUUCGGCUUUCCUUACUAGUCUACAGUUGGAGCAUUUGAUCGAUCUAUUCGAGCGGGAGCAAAUCACGAUGGACAUCUUGGCCGAAAUGGGCCAUGAAGAUUUGAAACAGGUGGGCGUCUCGGCGUAUGGUUUCCGGCACAAAAUUUUGAAGGGUAUUGCCACCCUGCGGGCGACCACAGGACUAGGAUUGACUCCGAAUCCAGGAACACUGUUGGUCGAUCUCCUUCCCGACGACAAGGAAUUUCUUGCCGUGGAGGAAGAAAUGCAGGCUACGAUAAGAGAACAUCGUGAUAACGGCCACUCUGGCGGUUACUUCAAUCGAUACAACAUUGUCAGAGUGCAAAAGAUCCAGAAUCGUAAACUAUGGGAACGAUAUGUCCAUCGGCGGAAGGAGAUUUCCGAAGAGAAUGGUCACCAAGCGAGCGAACGUAUGCUGUUCCACGGGUCACCGUUCAUCAAUGCUAUCGUGCAGAAAGGCUUCGACGAACGCCAUGCCUACAUUGGAGGAAUGUUCGGCGCCGGGAUUUACUUUGCCGAACACAGCUCCAAGUCUAAUCAGUACGUUUACGGGAUUGGAGGUGGCAUCGGUUGCCCGGCUCACAAAGACAAAUCCUGCUAUCAGUGUCAUAGACAACUGUUGCUCUGCCGAGUAGCGCUAGGCAAAUCGUUUCUACAAUUUAGUGCAAUGAAGAUGGCCCAUGCCCCUCCGGGUCACCAUUCGGUGAUCGGUCGACCAUCGGCAGGGGGUUUACAUUUCCCAGAGUAUGUGGUUUAUCGCGGUGAACAGGCAUACCCGGAAUAUUUGAUCACCUAUCAAAUCGUAAAGCCGGACGAUAGUACGAGUUCGGAGGAGCCAGCAAGAUGAUGGACAAUAUCCGCAGUCAGCAACAUCGGUCAGAACAAUAACAUUCUAUUCGGAAACGGUGGCAACAGCAGCAUGGGUAGCAGUGGAAUCAAUAGUGGCGGUAUACCUAGGAGCAGUGGCAGCGUGAGUAACAACAGCAACAACAUUAAUAACAACAACGGUAGCAAUGGCAACACCUCGAUUACGGUGGCCUCAGUUCAUACCUCCAGUUUUACAAGAAUUCGUUCGACGACCCGUUCAACAAUGGCCAAAGCAACAGCAGUUCGCGUUUCGACGGGAAAGAAGUUCAGCCAGUUGCUGAUCAUAACUCCGGCGGUCGUUAUCGAUAACAACAAUGACAGCCCUUUCAAUUCCCACGACAGUGGUUGUGGAAGUAGUGGUAGUGAUUCCAAUUUGGAAAGCGAUGGAAGCACUGAGCGAAUCAAUGCCGUAGGUGGUGAUCGGAAUGGUAACAACGACAAAUCAUCGAACAGAUCAAAACUUCUUCCCAAGCAGCAACUGAUUACCAAAGUUGGUUCGGAUUCUGGUUCGGUGAGCUGCGGAGGAAACCCGGUUCAAGGUUCGUGGCGUUGGUGUUCGAUCAUUUGUUCCGCUGUUAAAUGUUUCAGAUCCGCUACACAAACUCGACAACACUUCGGAACCAUUCACUACAGUUCUAGUGCGGGUGUUUCUGGUUUGGAUGAAAUCCGCACUACUAGCAGGUCCCCAGCUAAGCAUUCAUACUCCAGUGUGAGUGCUGUCCCACACACCAGAUCCGGCCAUGGAAAUAGAACGAAAUUUAGCAGUAAUCAUAUCUAUGAAUACACUAUCAAAAGCUAUCGAUCCAAUUCUAACGACCAUGACCAUAUGAACAAUAACGAUAAUAAUAGCAACAAUAGCGGAAAUCUUUCCAGGGGCGACUCGAGGGACAGGAGCAAUAUCAUGUACAAGUUGUGACAGAAUUCGAAAGAGUUCAUCCACAAUCUACAAUGGUUCUUUCAUUUACUGGUUGUCGAACAGCCAAAUAAAAUCGCAACACCAUACUGCCAAUUAUCAUCGAUGUGUGUAUGUGACACUACCGCGUGUUUUCAAACAAAUUCAUCACAAUUAUUCGCGUUUGCUUAUCGUACCAUACACAGUAUAAAAAAUGCCUUUAUUUUCAGAACUACUUUAACCUACAUUCAAGACGCUAAAUUUUCCUGUAUGACAAACUUCAAUAACGAUAUAAAUGUGUGUAGUUAUUAUCCACGGAGGUUAUAAAAUACCUCAUAUACAUCGCAUAUAUACUCAACGAUUCGAAUCAAACCCAUUUAACCCGAUAAACGAAAUACAAAACUAUAUCGAUACACUUACACGAAAACCUAGUUCUUGCAUAUUAUCAUAUUUAUCGAAAUUAUUACGAUGUGUUGCUCUCAUUGCUGUUUUGAUUUUUUCCCCUACAAUAUUUUGUCGGCGAACUAAAACGAAUAUACUUUACGUCAUUCCACAAAAGCGCUAUAUUUUUUCAAUUUUCAAUAAUUGCUGUUGAUAACGCUGAUAAGUACUUAAAAACAUAAAUAUUCACAUGUGAUGCAAUCCAUAAUAAAUUGCAUUGCUGAACUGAGACAUUAAAAACUAAAUUGAGAAUCUACCGGCCAGCGCUGAGUUUACCCCGUUUUCAUUUGGAUAAAUACACACGGACCCAGACCGAUGGUGAUGGGUGUGAUCUGCAAUGCUAAUUCUAGAAUAUAAACAAAAACUUUUAACUAUAAGUUUAAUCGGCUAAGAUGCAGAAAAAGACAUAAAAACGCGAAAAAAAAACAAUUCUGCGUGGUAACAAAUAAAAGGCGCAAUCAUUUAACGCUACACUCAUGCAUAAGCAGCGACCAUUUACAGAAAUAAGAAAAGUAAAAAAAAAACAUUUACAACCAACUAGCAGCUACAAACCACAACCUGUGGUUGGCACAUAUUCGAAACAAUAUUCUGGUUCAGCCUUUAGGCAGGCGGAUAACCGAUUAAAAAAGUACUGGUUAUAAAUUGUACCCCGGCAAAACGAUAGUGUUUGCUAGAAUAAUAAAUUAUUGCGUGAAAAAUUCAAACAUAA